UUUCAUAACAAGUAGGAGGUGUCCAGAAGUGGCCGUGAUUGAUUUAGGUUAGAUGCCUCGGGAUCUUUGUUGAGGCGUGUGGAGAAGGAUUCUGGCGUCAUUGUGCUAAGUAGCCCGAUAACGCAGUGCAGGCCCGCCAGAACAUGGGACGAGGUUGACUAUCGCACAGUAGCUCUGAUGUCGGCGCUUUGAUCUGACCUAGACAAGACGAGUCGUUCGAGUUGCACCCAGCAUCCGGGCCGAGAAUUGUCUUAGAAGGCCUGCCACCAUUUCCAAUCAGCGUGCGGCGAAUGAUUUCCGCAACCCCCCGCUGACGAGAUCCGACCGCCCUCACUACGUGACCGACACCUACACCCCCGACGCAUGGCGCAUCGCAUAUACACACCAUGACGGCUGUUCAAGCACCACCAGACACUGCGGCUGCCAUGGAGGAGAUUCACGGCGUCGACGUCUCCUGGCUGCAUCACUCUACGAGAGACCAUCACCAUCGUCAGCAGGCACCCACGUCGCCAGGGCUCACCAGAGACGCCCCGCCGAAGACAUCGUCGCAUGGUGGCCUCCCCACUAGGCCUCGCGAUGUAGCGCAGCACGACACUGAGUCGGCACCGGCCGUCCAGGAACUUGCAUCGCCGCCUCCUCCUUCUUCUCCUACUGCUUCCUCCGCAACGACGACUCCUCAGAAGAUCCUGGGAAAGCGUCCAGCAUUGCUUGGCCGCGGCAGUACCGACAAGUAUGCCAACGGGAACACGCCCCCAGACGCGAGGACCACCUCGCGGCGGAACUCGUGGAUGUCCAGCCUCAGCUCCAAGUUCGCAUCGCAGAACUCACCCGCCCAGACGACGCUUGCGCAAGCCCAAGGGUCACCUGCGACUGCCAACAGCCCGACACAUACGACGUCAUCGGCCAACGGUGCGCUGAAUGGUAUACAGGCCGCUUCGGGCAGCCCAAAUGGUGGCUUUGAGCCCUAUGUGCCCCAGCAGCCAAAGGGCUCUUUCAUAUCGAAUGCGCUGCGACGCUUGUCAUCCGGGACGCAGGUGGGCACCUCACCCAAGGUCUCGCCCAACGGCGGCAUGUGUCCCAGAAAGGUCAUGAAUGUUGACCACCACCGGUCCCGAUGCUUAGUCCCCGAACUAGAUGCCAGCAAGCUUCGCAAAGUUGCUUUCUGCGUCGAUGUUGAGAUAGCUGGUGGUCCAAAGUACAAGGACGACCUGGAUACCGACGAAAAGAAGAAGAACAAGAAGGAGAAAAAGCUCAAGGAACGUGGAGAGGGAGAGGCGCUCAAGCAUCCUGAUGUUGUGGCUGAGGAGAAGGACAAGGCCGGUGUGGUGGCUGUGUCGCAAGAAGUCGUUGGCAACGACAACCACCCAGAACCACAAGGACCAGCACCAGAUGAAGAUAAUAAAGAGCCUAGUAGAAAGAAGGAGAAAAAGAAGCGUUCUGAAGCUGAGCGCAAGGAAAGGAAAGAGAAGAAGCGGAAAAAGGCAGAGGAAGAUGGCUCCAUACCAUUAGAGUUCACCAGGGAAGAUGAUGAAGGUAGCGUUGAAGGUGCACCUGUUACCACUGGCACAACAGCUCUGAAGGCCCAAGACAGACCCACCAUAGACCCCCUACGGAUUUACCGAAGAUGUUGCCAAUUGCGCGAAUCACCUAUCCUCAAACGCAUCAGCGACCAGCUGUCCGCCCCGCGUGCGUGCGCUACUGUCCAACCAAGAGUGGUUACCAGCCUAGAUCUCACAGGAUCGAGGCUGCAGCUUGCUGAUGUUGUGACACUCUCGGACUGGCUCGCCAUUGUACCAGUGAAGAAGCUCUUCCUCGAAGAUGCGGAUCUUAACGACGAGAAGAUUCGCGUCAUCCUCGCUGGCUUGUUAGCCGCAAAGGUUCCGGAAGCCCCAAGGCGACGUGCAUUAGGGACGAGCAGCAACGGAGAUUCCGUCAAUGGGGAUGCUCAGCAAGGAUCGUGUGCAAUCAAGAAGCUCGUUCUGAAGAAUAAUCCUAAGAUUACAUCCGAAGGCUGGAAGCACAUCGCUUUGUUCAUCUACUUGUGCAGGUCCAUCAUGGCACUCGAUGUGUCAAUGAUUCCUUUCCCGCAGCCCAGGCCACCAAUGUCUCCUACGUUGACGAAUGAUGCCGCACAUAGAGGGAUGCCUACUAAAGAGACGAGAUCGAGAGAUUUUGCGGAAAUAUUAUCAAAGGCCAUGUCUGAACGAUUAGGCGGUUCAGAGCUUCAGGAACUAGUCAUGGCCGAAUGCAAUCUGACCUCCUCCAGCAUCAGGAGAAUUAUCGAUGGUUGCAUCAUCAGCGGGAUCCAACGUCUGGGACUUGCCACGAACGACAUCGAUAGUGAAGGCUUGCAGCAUGUCCUACACUACAUACGGUCUGGAGUCUGCCAGGGCAUUGACCUCGGCGGUAACGACCUCCGAGCAUGGAUCAGCACACUUUGCGAGAGCUUGAGUCAAAGCAAGAACAGCGCACUUUGGGCUUUGUGCUUACAAGACACCGGCCUGACACCCGAGUCCCUCAAGAUAUUAUUCCCAGCGUUGAUUUCCCUGCCAUCCUUCCGCUUCUUGGACCUAUCGCACAACAGCGACCUCUUCGUCCAACCGAUGUCACUAUGCCUCUUGCGGAAGUAUAUGCCUCAAUUCAAGGAGCUAAAGCGGCUCCAUCUUAUGGAUGUUGACAUGAAACCCGAGGACGCAAUCGCCAUAGCAGAGAUCCUUCCGGAUUGUCCUCAUAUUGCACAUAUUAGCUUCUUGGAGAACCCAGAGAUAUCUCGCGUUGUAACAUCCACAGACGAGGAAACACAAGAGGAAGCUGCUGCGCUGUACGCUUCACUCACGUUGGCUGCUAAACUCUCUCACUCGCUCAUUUGCGUUGAUGUUGAUGUUCCUGCUCCGGAAAUGGACGAGGUGGUCAAGGCACUUGCUAAACAGGUCGUGGCGUACUGCCUUCGCAACAUCGAGUCUAUCAACGAAGUGCCCGAGUUGCAUUUAGCACCGAAGGAAGUCGAACUACCGCACAUUCUCAAGCAUCUCGUUGGUCGCGACGAUUCCUACUACAAAGACGAUAGUGCGCCGCCGGCUCCAGACACCGAUUACAUCGUGAGCGGUACUGGUAUCGCUAAGGCUCUUAGUUACUGCUUAUCGCACAAAGCGACAGACCUUCGCAGAGUGUCUCAGCCUGCAAGUGGUACCUCUACCCCAAGAAGCCGAGCACAAGAUCCAGAGGAGCCUAGUAAAGCGCGGGCUAUGUCGAAGGACCUUCUCGAAACUGCGCGAAACACGCGAUCAAGAAUUCAACCGGCAUUGGCUCGAGAGGCUAAGAGCGGAAACGACACGGGUUAUCGCCGUCUACUUUUCUUGGACCAGACUUUACAAGGCAUGAUCCAACGCUUCGAAGACGAAUACCCAGAGACGCGUCUCCAGCCCUCUGACACCGCCUCAAUACACAGCAACAGCUCUGUGCCUAGCAGCUCCGCACCCGCCUCCACAGUACCCACUCUCGACAACAGCAUCACCGACAUCACAAGCCCCGAGUCCGAUGAAGACGAACCCUUAACGCUCCGCUCGAGACACAAUUCCGAUGUUUCGCUCGCAUCGCGCCAUAUGUCCCAGGAGGAAGGGCGUUUACAUCGCUUUGGGCAUCGCGUGCGCACUGGUCUACUCAACCCUUCUCGACCCUCAUCUUCACACGAGGAUUCGCACCAAGCGUUUAUGUCUGGGACUAUGGACGACCACGGCCUCCCCGAACAUAUCAUGUCUCUUCGUGACUAUUUUAGUAAUUAUAGUGGAGAUGAAAUUCGCCAUAUGAUUGAGCGUGCAGGCUGGGAAAAGGCCUUCGACUCUGUGGUUGAUAAUGCAGAGGAGCUGAAGAGUUUGGAGAAGGAUGAUCCGGCUGCAUUCAAGAUAUUCAGGGAGAGCCAGAUCGCCGCGCUUAAGAAUCGGAAUCCAGACAUAUUUGGUCCUGGUGAACUCGAUUCGAGAAAGAGCGGAGAUGAUUUUGCGAUCGAGGAUUAGACUGGCCCUGCCUACAUGAAGAUCACGGGAUAGACAAGUCUGUUGCGAUGACUAUUUGAGUCGUAUGUCUGUUCUGAUCCCUUGCUUUUGGGCGUUAGAAAAUUUCUCCUAUUCGAGCGUUCUGCAUUUGUAUACUCAGCUACCUUUCGGCUGAUCAUGGCCUGAUAUAGUCUCUCAUGUCAUGCGUUGCAUUGAUAUCCAGGUUGGGAAGAUCUUUUGAUGAGGCGGUCAAUCAGACCGGAUGUCUACAUCUAUUCCAAUAUCUAUUACUGUCUCUACCGGAGGCUUAUUUCUGCCCUUACCUGCUUCAACCUUUAUCCGAAUAUCUCCCCUUGCCAAGGUGCUCUUAUAUUCACUCUAGCGGCAUCCUCGACCCUCAGCACUUUUUCACCACCAUAUCGCUCGCACGCCCCGUAUUUCACUGUCACAGCUCCUCGCUCCAUCUCGACACCAGUCGAUGUCAGGUUGCCGUCUAAACCAUCCAAUAAAGGAGCA